GGUUCCGGGUGGAUCGGGAGCUUCCGGGAUCAGCGGGGAGAAGCGGCGCGGGUCAGGGCGAGCAGGGCCGGUUCGGGUUGAGGGGGAGGAUGAAGAAGGAGCAGGUGGUGCACUGCCAGUUCUCCGUGUGGUAUCCGCUUUUCCGGGCCGUCACCAUCCGCAGUGUGAUACUUCCCCUACCUGACAAUGUGAAAGAAUAUUUGCUGGAUGAUGGAACACUUGUGGUUUCUGGAAGAGAAGAUCCACCAAGUCAUGCUCAGGAGGGGAGUGAUGAUGCAGAGGAAAUACAGUGGUCAGAUGAUGAGAAUACUACAACACUUAAGGCACCCGAAUUUCCUGAGUUCACAGCUAAAGUUGAAGAAGCAAUAAGUUCCUUGGGUGGUAGUGUUUUUCCUAAACUUAACUGGAGUGCUCCAAGGGAUGCCUACUGGAUAGCAAUGAACAGUUCUUUGAAAUGUAAAGCUCUCAGUGACAUCUUCCUCCUCUUCAAGAGUUCAGACUUCAUCACUCGUGACCUCACUCAACCAUUUAUUCACUGUACUGAUGAUUCCCCAGAUCCUUCCUUGGACUAUGAGCUUGUUCUUCGCAAAUGGUGUGAGCUAAUCCCUGGUGCAGAAUUCAGAUGCUUUGUCAAGGAAAACAAGCUCCUAGGUAUAUCACAGAGGGACUACACACAGUACUACGAUCAUAUCUCUAAGCAACAUGAGGAAAUAUGUAGAUCAAUACAGGAAUUCUUCAAGAAACACAUACAGUAUAAAUUCCUGGAUGAAGACUUUGUGUUUGAUGUGUACAGAGACAGCAGGGGUAAGAUUUGGUUAAUAGAUUUUAACCCAUUUGGUGAAGUGACAGACUCCCUGCUGUUUACAUGGGAAGAACUGACCUCGGGGAAAAACUUGAAAGGAGACCAGGGUGAAGGGGAAGCAACAGAACAGGACUCUCCAGUUUUCCGUUGUACAAACAGUAAAGUUACUGUCCAGCCUAGUCCAUAUCUGAGUUACCGGCUGCCAAAAGACUUUGUGGACCUUUCUACAGGAGAGGAUGUUCACAAAUUAAUUGACUUUCUCAAACUGAAAAGAAAUCAGCAAGAUGAUGACUGAAGUAUCAAGAAGAGUUUCAUUGAAUUACAAGCAAGAAAUGUGGCAAAAGCUAUACUUAGCAUAACUAUUAAGCUAUUGAGUUAAAGAAAACCUGCUUUUUAUAGUGAAUGAAAGCACCAAAGAGCUGUUCAUCUUGCAUGUCUGUUGGUUUAUAUAAAAAGGCUUUGUCAGGGAAACAUAAAAUGAUAGGGUGAGUUCUCACUGGAUUCCAGGUUAAAUGCAAUUAUACCAUGGUGCAAGCAAGCAGCAAUCUGAGUACAACAGACCAACUGUUUUCCUAUCUUAUAAUGUGAAGAUUGAUGCUGUUGAAGUGUGCCAUUGGACUCUUUAGUGAUAAAUACAACAACAUUUAAUGCUUGUGCAGUUAAAACAUCAAGCAUUCUCUGUAUUUAGGCACAGCCUUGCUUAAAAUAUUGCCGAGUCACAAGGAAAGAAAGGAAUGUAUGGGUUUCUUUCUGUAAUAAGCUUUUAAAAUUGUAAAUUGACUUUGUUUUGGGAGCACUUCUCAUCUUUCCUUUAUGUAACAAAAAGUGGAGAAGGUGUUUUUUUUUCCUGUGCUAUGAAGGCUAAUUCUUCAUUUUGGAGAGCAACUACAGUAGGGUACUUAAGGUGUCAAAGUUUUGCAUUUCAGAAAUUUGAAAUUCUGAAUGCAUUUCAAGUAAAUAAUAUUUUCACAAUAGCUAAAGUUAUGGACUUUGUUAAACUUCACCACAUUGUAUUUCAUUUUUGCAGUAAAGCUUUCUUGAAACUAAUUUUUUAACAUUAUCUCAUACUAGACAUCAUCUGUGGCUUUAAUAUAAAUAGUUAAACAUAACAUCAACCUGUAAUUUUAUAUGUGGACUGGGUCUUUCUUCUUUUGUAUCACGUCUUUGAGUUUCUCAAGAAAAUUAUUAUUCUUUCAGCUCUUAAAAAUCUGUAUUCAUUUGAUGGUACUUCAUGUUUUUUGUAUAAAGGGAAGCUUGGCUAAAUUUGGGAACACAGAAGCACUUGUUACCAGUUGCUGUUACUUGGGAGGUGUGGGGAGGACAGUUUCAGGUGAAGAAGCAGCCAACUUUUGGAUGUAGGUGUUUGCAUGGCCUCAGUAAUCUGUUCACAGUGUGCACAAUUCCUGUUGAAAUGAAAGGACAUUUGGAAAUGCUCAUAGCACCUGGAAACUGGUUUCUAUUUCAAACUAGUUAUGUGAUACCUUCUGUGUGUAUAUAAAGCUGUUCAUGUUUCUUUGUCUUGCUUUUGCUGUCAAAUUGAUAUGGUGCUUGGUUACAAUCUGUUCAUGGAUGUUAAAUCUGAGCUUAGAUGUUGAUCUAUUGCUUACCUUCUAUAUCUUCAGUUUUGAAUGAAUACUUGUUAAAGAUUAUACAGAUUAAGAAUCCAGUUCUACCAAAUACAUUGAUAAAACAUCA